AGAGAGAGUUUAGAGAGAGAGAGAGAGAGGGAGCGAGGGCCAGAGAGCAAGCUGUCAUUCUUAUAUCUCAACCCCCUCUUUGAUACAGCGAAGAAACCCCUUGCACUUGUCGGAUCAGACUCCCUUUUGCUAGCCUAGCCUCUCUAAUUUUAGAUUCCAAUCCUCCUCCUUCAUAAUCCUAAUCUCUCUCUCUCUCUCUCUCUCUCUCUCUCUCUCUCUCUCUUUGAUAUGGAAGCAGAUGAUCAAGCUACCAUAGAAGAAGACGCAGAGAUCAAAACCAAGCUAGGGUCAGUUAUAUAAGGUAUAUAUAUUUACAUACAAGCUAGUUCGUAGAGAGAGAAAGAGGAGGAGGCCGGGGGUGAGAGAGAGAGAGAGAGAGAGAGAGAGAGAGAGAGAGAUGGCUAGCUUGAGUCCACAACAACAUAGAUCAAGGUUCGGAGAUACAACCUUGACCAAGGUUUUUGUAGGGGGUUUGGCUUGGGAGACCCCCACAGAGGAGAUGAGGAGGUAUUUUGAGCAGUUUGGAGAGAUUCUUGAGGCUGUCAUCAUCACUGAUAAGAACACUGGGAGAUCAAAGGGCUAUGGCUUUGUGACUUUUCGGGACCCGGAAUCAGCGAGACGGUCCGUGUCGGAUCCGAACCCGAUAAUUGAUGGAAGGCGAGCCAAUUGUAACAUUGCUUCUAUGGGCCGCCCACGGCCUUCACCUCCAAGAGGCAGGAAUCAGGCAGGAAUUAGUCAGCAGGGGCCACCACAAGCUGUGGGUCCACAAUAUACCAGAGUGCCAACUCAGAUGGCCCAUCCUCAUCAAAUCUAUUAUCCCACUCCCUAUGGGUACGUGACAUACCCAAGUGAAUACGCAUACCAACAAGGGUUGUAUAAUUCUCAAGUGGCAUCACAAUUUUACCACCAAAUGUACGGAACAACUUCUUCAUCUUCACCCGGUACUCCUCACCCGUAUCCUUACCCUUAUAAUAUGGGCUACAGCCCGAGACCAGGCUUUCCUUUGCCCUAUCAAGCUCAUCGUCCACCACCGUACGUUCAAUAUCCUACGGCUCAGAUCGAAGGAUCAUUUACACCGUCACUGCCUUAUGGGUUCCAAUUGCAGGCUCCACCUAAUGUAAGGCAAGAUCCUAACACAACAGAUCCGCAAGCACUGCAGCAGUCCUCAACUGGAGCAAAUAAUGAGAGCCCAGAUGGAUAAAUUGAAAGCAAUGAAGAUAGCCGUAACCUAUGGGCGCUGAAGAUCAACGAGGCAUUGAAGGGGUUAUUGGCAUGUGAAAAGAUUCAUGUUGAAGAUAACUUCACAUGAAAAUUGAAGAAAUAUUCCAGAGCUCAUGGACAUCGAUCAACCUCUAAAACUGUUUUUUUCCUUCUUCCUUUCUUUUAUCGAAUUCUUUUAUUAUUAUCAUUUAAACGGAUCCAUUUAUGUAAUGCACAUUAUCUCCUAAGUCCUAUAUUUAAUUGACAACCAUUUUGAAUAAUGAUUUUCACAA